GCUUUGCUGGCGUUGGCGGAGGCCGCGGUGCGGCCUGCGCGGGAUGGAUGGCCGGGCCCGGCGGCCGCGGGGGGACCGUCAUCUGUGAGGGAACCGUCCGUGGUGAAAGGGCCCGGGAUCCUCGCGGGCGGGCGCCGGCGAGUGAUGGCGCCUUGUGGUUCCCCCGGCAGGAGCGGGCCCGGGAUGGCGUCCGGCGUCCCGGCGGGGAGGUGGCACAGCGUCUGCAUGGUGUCGGACUUCUUCUACCCCAACAUGGGGGGCGUGGAGAGCCACGUGUACCAGCUGUCGCAGUGCCUCAUCGAGCGGGGCCACAAGGUCCUGGUGGUCACCCAUGCCUACGGCUGCCGGAAGGGUGUCCGCUACCUCACCAAUGGGCUGAAGGUCUACUACUUGCCCCUGAAGGUAAUGUACAACCAGUCCACGGCGACGACGCUCUUCCACAGCCUGCCCCUGCUCAGGUACAUCUUUGUGCGGGAGAGGGUCACCGUCGUCCACGCCCACAGCUCCUUCUCCGCCAUGGCCCAUGAUGCCCUCUUCCACGCCAAGACCAUGGGGCUGCGGACAGUGUUCACGGACCACUCCCUCUUUGGGUUUGCGGAUGUCAGCUCGGUGCUUACCAACAAACUUCUGACCGUGUCCCUGUGUGAUACCAACCACAUCAUCUGUGUCUCCUACACAAGUAAGGAAAACACAGUGCUGAGAGCAGCCUUGGACCCUCGGAUAGUCUCCGUCAUCCCCAACGCUGUUGAUCCCACUGACUUCACUCCAGACCCAUCAAGGAGGGAUGACAGUACAGUAACCAUUGUUGUUGUCAGCAGACUUGUUUACAGAAAAGGUAUAGAUUUGCUUAGUGGUAUAAUUCCUGAGCUCUGUCAGAAGUAUCCGGAGUUACAUUUCUUAAUUGGAGGAGAAGGACCAAAACGAAUCGUACUGGAAGAAGUCCGGGAAAGAUACCAGCUACAUGACAGGGUACGUCUCCUAGGAGCUUUGGAACACCAGGAUGUCAGAAAUGUUCUAGUCCAGGGGCACAUUUUUCUCAACACUUCCCUCACUGAGGCCUUUUGUAUGGCAAUUGUGGAAGCAGCAAGCUGUGGUUUACAGGUGGUGAGUACAAGAGUUGGCGGGAUUCCUGAAGUGCUUCCAGAAAGUCUCAUUAUUUUAUGUGAACCCUCCGUGAAAUCUUUGUGUGAUGGAUUAGAAAAAGCUAUUGCCCAGCUCAGAUCAGGAACGCUACCAUCUCCAGAAACUGUUCAUAAUAAAGUGAAGACAUUUUAUACAUGGAGGAACGUAGCAGAGAGAACUGAGAAAGUGUAUGACAGGGUUGCAGAUGAAAUGGUUUUACCAAUGGAUGAGCGACUUGACAGAUUAAUGUCUCACUGUGGCCCAGUGACUGGCUGUAUUUUUGCUCUUUUUGCUGUUCUGAACUUCCUUUUCUUGACGUUUCUGAGGUGGAUGACUCCAGAUAACAUUAUUGAUGUUGCCAUAGAUGCCACAGGACCUAAAAGCGCAUGGACUAAACAGUAUUUUUUGGGGAAAAAAGGAAGAGUUAAAGAACAACCUCCAGGCUCCAAAAAUGCUCAAAUGGAGAGGAAAGAACACAUCGGUCGCUAAAGGUUUUAAUGCUUGCUGAUAGAGACUUUACACUUAAAAUUCUUCAGUUUCUUUCUGAAGUUCUUGGAAAGAAACAUGGUCAAAAUGUGCUACCUCAAUUUAGGAUUAUGUUUUAAUUUAGUUCUGGAUUCGUGCAAAUUUAUGAACAUCUCUUUUGCACUUAAAGCUGGGAGGAGAACAUGGGGUUUUAUAUGUGUUAGAAGCCUUUGAAACAAAAAUCCAACAUUUUUCUCAACUACUUGAAUAUUACAGAAAGUGACUGUAAACUUUAGUGCCAUUUGGGAAAGCAAAUCACAAAAAUUAUUAGUUUACACUAGUCCCUGCUAAUUCCUGAUAUUUACAGUGAUUUUAAUUUUGAGUCGUAUUUAAAAAUACUUAACAAAAAACACAACAAAACUUGCCUUUUCUCUCCUAAAAUGAAAAUGGCACUUGAAAUUACUCGUGAAAUCCAUUACCAUGGAGACUUGGUUCUAGCAGUUGUGUGUUUUGCCUGCAUAACAUUAUUAUUUUGAAGUUCUUCCAUAGUCAAAAUUGGAUCAUUCUGUUGCUACAUCAAAACUCCUUAAUGAAUUUUUGAUAUUUUCAGAGGUGCUAAAUUUGUCCUGUUCACCUACAUGUGUGAGUGACGUAAAGCUUAUAGGGGUGUUUUGGUAUUUUUAAAGUACAUAGGGGAAGAAAUUAUAUUCUUUAGAGAUAAUAUAGCCUUCAGAAACAGCUCAGGCCUGAAAACUCCUCCAGCAGACUAUGCCAAAGUGUGAAGUCACACCUGUGUGUACACGUGUGAGAGAGAG